CCGGCCCAGUGCGCCGACGGAGCUGCGUCGGGAUCGACGCGAGGGGUGACGCCCGCAGCGGGUCGGUGUGGUGGUGCGAGUGUAGCCCCGGUGGAAUGUGCGCGUUGUGAGCGAGCCGCGCGCUGGGAGUCGACGCCCUGGGACCGUCUCUGAUGAGAGAUGGCGCUGGUGCUGCUCCCCUGUGACCUCCCGACGUGGGCCACUGUACAGCGGCACCUGGCCCGGGCCAAGGACGCCCACAACGCCGAACAGCUGAUCGAUGUCAUGCACAAGCUGCACAACCUGUGCAACGUCGGCCUUGACCCCAGCGACGACCCGGCGGACCCGAGUCGGUUUGACGGGCUGCAGCUGUACAUCAGUCAGCUGGCGCCGGCGGAGCGUACCAAGCUCUUCCGCAGCACGCUGCCGUGCAUGGUCAACUACGCGCUCAAGCUGAGGAUCCUCAAGCCGCCCGAGGGGCUUCAAUACAGCCUCCAGCAGCAAGCUGGCACGGCUGAGCUGGACCGUCGGUUCAUCGCUGCGCUGGUGGCCAACUGCUUCUUCUCGACAUUUCCGAAGCGUUCGACAACCUCCCACCCGACGCUGCUGGAUGCCAACUUCUCGUCCUUCUUUUACCACCUAAGCAGUCCAUGGCAGCGGGUGAAGCUUGAGGCCGUGCUGCUGUACUUCGAGGCGAUGUCGGAGGCCGAACCCACUGGGCGCGUCUCCUACACCAGAAAGGUGAUGAGCGGCCGCCAGUUCGCCAGUCUGCACGACUGGCUGGCCUGCAGCAAGCCGCUGUGCCCGGUGGUGGUGCGCGACACGGGCCGCGUCGAGGACGUCGAGCCGGGGGUCAGUCAGGUCUGCUUCCUCAGCCCGCUGCCCGGCGGCGACACGCGGCGCGACGCCAGGUCACAGGAGGCACUGUGCCACGCCACGCACCCAGAGCUGCUGGUGACGGCCCUCUUCCAGGAGAAGCUGGAAGACAACGAGGCGCUGGCGGUGUCGGGCUGCGUCCGCUCCUGCCAGCUGUCCUGCGGCCCCGGCGGCGCGCCGAAGGUCAGCAGACUGUCGGCGUCGGCACGCGUCUCGGCUGUGGAACGUCAGAUCUGCGGCGUGGAUGCCGAGAGUUACGGAAGCCUACCGGCGGCGCAGUACGACGAGGACGCCAUCCUGCGCGAGCUGAACAAGGCAUACCUCGGCUUCCAGCAGCCCAAGAUCACCAAGCGGCUGAGUCCGAUCGGCGAGUCAAAUUGCCCGAGUCCGCACGUGUCCGACUCGCCUGUGGCCAGCGAGUCGGGCGACUCGCCGGCGGCCCCGGAGAACGGGGCCGCGCUCGUUCGUGCGUGCCGCCAGUCGCUGCCGGAGGAGCGGCCGGCGCGCUGGACGCCGCUGCGCCGGCCGGCCACCAUCGGUGGCGCGAUGGCAGAGUCGCCUGGCGGACCGUCGUCACCGCCACCUGGUGGCACCGCCUCCAGCGGCUCCGCCCGCCAAGGCGUGCUGCGCCUGAUAGGACAGCUGCAGCGGUCGAUUGAGCGCGAGCUGGGCGAGCUCGGCCAGGAGACAAACUCGCAGAUAGUGUCGCAGAUCAUGGCCAAGAUCCGCACGAUGGACCGCAGUCAGCUGGUGCGCCUGCUAAGCAGUGAGUCGGCGCGCGCGCCGGGCGAGCCGCCCGCCGCCGGUGACCUGCCCUGCGAGGACACCCUGCUGACCGUGUGCGAGGCGCUCAUGGGCGAGCAGGCGCCGCUGCAGGCGCUCGACGCCGACUACUUCGAGUGGCGGCUGGAGGAGGUGGCGCAGGAGCGCUGCGAGCUGCUGCCGGGGCUGCUGAGCGGCAGGAGGCCGGGCCGGCCGGCGUCCGAGCCGACGGCCGCUGCCGUCCGCGGCCAGGUGUCCAUGGACACGGACGCCUUCUUCAGCGCCUGCAGCAGCGUGGACGAUACCUCGCCUUCGCAAGAUGGCAGGAGCGAGGCGAGCAGCGGCUCACCGCCGCGCUACCGCAGCUCGGUCUCGCCGGACCGGCCGGCGGCGGCUCUGCCGCGACGGCGCAGCACCUUCCGGGACCGGCUGCAGGAGGCCAACCGGCGUGCCGAGCUGGAGGAGCGCGCCGCCGCCGCCACCGGUUCUCAGGAUGAAGACGAGGCGCCGCAGGUCGACCUGGCCAGCGCCGCGGCUGCUACCGCUGCCUCUGCGCUUCAAGAUGACGAGGACGUACCGAUGAGGAGGAAUGGUUCGUCGGUGGGCGAGGACGAGGAUGAGGUGGCCGACCAGCUCGUGCACGACCGCCGCUGGACGAGCCGCUUCCGCGCCAAGAGCCGUAGUCUGACCGGGAAUAGCUCGCGGCUCAGCUUCAGCUCAGACUUUAGCUCAGAGGUGGAGGAGCUCUGUGACAAGUUCGGCCACUGGCUAGACGAGCCCGGUGCGGAGCUGGGCCCCCGCGACCUGGCCGUGAUGCGCGUCACACAGCGCCUGCUCAAGCGCACUCUCUCCGACUCGUUCGCCGGCGUUGCCAUGGAGAUCGAGGCGCUGGACACGAACGGCGCCAUGCCCCGGGCGACCACGCUCAGGAAUGGUGCGGCCGCGCCCGGGGGCAGGCGGCGCGGCGCCCCGAGGCGUUCCCUCAGCCUCUCGGACCAGUGGGCGCGCGAGAGGCUGGCGCUGGAGCUGGCCAGGAAGCUGGUGGAGCCGCCGACGGCAGAGCAGUCACGCAGUCUGCUGGGCGGUGAGGCUGGCGAGGCCGGCGACGGCGUGCGACCCGUGGCCACCGGCAACUGGGGCUGCGGCCGGCGGCACGGCGGCGACCCGCAGCUGAAGGCGGCCGUCCAGUGGCUGUGCGCCAGCCGCGCCGAGGUGCCCUGCCUCAUCUACUACACGUGCGGCAACCCGGCCGUCCGGACGCUGCAGUGGGUGUGCAGCAGGAUCACGGACCGCCAGUGGACGGUGGGAGAACUGACGGCGGCCGUGCUCGCCCACUGCCAGCGCCGCCUGGACACGGCCAAGAGCGGCGCCCGCAGGCGCUGUCAAGAGCCACCAGCCGAUGACCUGUUCGAAGACCUGCUUCGCUCCGAAGGGCCUCCACCGGCGCUGGAGACGAAGUCGUGAAACUCCGAUGGACCGAGUGCGAUUUUGACCGCGAAACGUGACCCCGUGGAGAUGCGCCGCCAUGAGCCUGCCAGUCAAGGGAAUGUUCAUAGAGCUACACGGUGUCUGCGGAUACUCAGAAGCGUGGCAAUCCACGUGCGUCCAAUCCACGUCGUUCUGUUGUUUUGGUGAUGCCCAAUCAAUUUUGAACUGAAACCUGCAUUUUGCAAUUGUCUCAGACACCCUGCGGUACCCACGUCUUCCUUCUACAAGGAGCAACUUCCCCGAGUGCACUGGCAAGUUUGGAUCAUGAUGGAUCUGGGACAAUCGCGCUCGCGCCCCAUCAGCAGUGAUCAGCAAGUUGUUAGGCGCCUCCGAGAUUGGUGCGGACCCAAUGGGGUCUGGGUCUGGGCCCGGGUCUGCAGCGUGCAGGCCGAGAGCCGGGGUCUGACCUCGGUCUGUUGGGGAGAGCCGCUGCGAGUCUGAGUCCGGAGGGCGCUCCUACCGAGAACUCGCCCCUCCCGCUUUCCUAGAUGGAACUGCGUCACGGUCCAUCCCACGACCCAUCACUAAGUGUCGCGCGGCCAGCGGCGGCGAGGAAUCUACCGAGUGCGUCCGCGCCCGUGUUCGCGCAUGUGGACGCUGCUACGCUCCGCCCAGGUGCGGCCAGCGUGGCGCAGAGGCGUCAACUGCAGUGCGUGCUCGAGGAUAAUCGGCUCAGUCCACCAGACUCUUCCAUUUGUACUAGCUUUCGUAGGGCGCUCGCGUGGCGCCCGAAGCGGGAACCGGCCCGGUCCACGCCAGCUCCGUCCCGUCCCGCGUCCACGCCGUCGUGUGUAACGCCCGCCGUGUGACGUCACCACGUAAGUGGCGCCCGCUGUGUGACGUCACCAUAUCACGCAACGGCCGCGUCCAUCCUGGAUGAGUAUUGUUUGUUACGAAAUGAUUGACCACGUCCGCUAUGGUGUAGCCUGUUACGAGUUUGAUGGAAUAUAGUUGCUAUACGUG